CAGGCUGGGCUCACCAUGGUGCUGGGGGCCAUCGUGGCACGAGGGAGGGAUGUGUGCAGGCGGAACAGAUUGCUCGUCCUGUCUGUGCUCUCUGUCACCGUGGGCUGCCUCCUCGGCUUCUUCCUGAGGACCCAGCGCCUCUCACCACAGGAAAUUAGUUACUUCCAGUUUCCUGGAGAGCUCUUGAUGAGGAUGUUGAAGAUGCUGAUCCUGCCCCUGGUGGUCUCCAGCCUGAUGUCCGGCCUCGCUUCCCUGGACGCCAGGACCUCCCGCCGCCUGGGCAUCCUCACCGUGGCAUACUACCUGUGGACCACCUUCGUGGCAGUUAUCGUGGGCAUCCUCAUGGUGUCUGCCAUCCACCCAGGCGGGGCGGCCCAGAAGGAGACCACGGAGCGGAGUGGGAAGCCCAUCAUGAGCUCAGCCGACGCCCUGCUGGACCUCAUCCGGAACAUGUUCCCAGCCAACCUGGUAGAAGCCACAUUCAAACAGUACCGCACCAAGACCAUCCCUGUUGUCAAGUCCCCCAAGGUGGCGUCAGAGGAGGCCCCUUCUCGGCGGACCUUCAUCUACGGGGUCCAGGAAGAGAAUGGCUCUCAUGUGCAGAACUUUGCCUUGGACCUGACCCCACCACCAGAGGUCGUUUACAAGUCAGAGCCUGGCACCACCGACGGCAUGAACGUGCUGGGCAUCGUCAUCUUCUCUGCCACCAUGGGCAUCAUGCUGGGCCGCAUGGGUGACAGUGGGACGCCCCUGGUCAACUUCUGCCAGUGCCUCAAUGAGUCCAUCAUGAAGAUUGUGGGCGUGGCUGUGUGGUACUUCCCCUUUGGCAUUGUGUUCCUCAUCGCUGGCAAGAUUCUAGAGAUGGACGACCCCACAGCCAUCAGAAAGAAGCUGGGCUUCUAUGCAGUCACCGUGGUGUGCGGGCUGGUGGUCCAUGGCCUCUUCAUCCUGCCCCUGCUCUACUUCUUCAUCACCAAAAAGAACCCCAUCGUCUUUAUCCGUGGCAUCCUCCAGGCCCUGCUCAUUGCACUGGCCACCUCCUCCAGCUCAGCCACACUGCCCAUCACCUUCAAGUGCCUGCUGGAGAACAACCACAUUGACCGGCGCAUUGCCCGCUUUGUGCUGCCUGUGGGUGCCACCAUCAACAUGGAUGGCACCGCACUCUACGAGGCUGUGGCUGCCAUCUUCAUUGCCCAGGUCAACAACUAUGAGCUGGACCUCGGCCAGAUCGUCACCAUCAGCAUUACAGCCACGGCAGCCAGUAUCGGGGCAGCCGGCAUCCCUCAGGCCGGACUCGCCACCAUGGUCAUUGUGCUCACCUCUGUGGGGCUUCCCACCAAUGACAUAACCCUCAUCAUCGCCGUCGACUGGGCUCUGGACCGUUUCCGCACCAUGAUCAACGUGCUGGGUGAUGCGCUGGCUGCAGGGAUCAUGGCCCACAUCUGCCGGAAAGACUUUGCUCAGGACUUGGGCACCGGCACUGAGAAACUGCUGCCCUGUGAGACCAAGCCAGUGAGCCUCCAGGAGAUCAUGGCGACCCAGCAGAAUGGCUGUGUGAAGAGUGUGGCUGAGGCCUCGGAGCUGACCCUGGGCCCCACCUGUCCCCACCAUGUCCCCGUCCAGGUGGAACAGGAUGAGGAGCCAGCUGCCCCCAGUCUGGACCACUGCGCCAUUGAGAUCAGCGAACUUGAGACCAAUGUCUGAGCCUGUGGAGCUGCAGGGACCAGGGAGGCCUCCAGGGCAAGGGGCCAAGGGCAGGUGUCAACUCACCACUUUCCUUAGCAGCUGACAGGGCUGGGCUUGCACAUUCUUCCCACACUUGAGAGGCUGAAAUUAGGCCCACUUGAUGGAAAAUAGAGGCUCAGAGAGGACAAAGACUGCAUGUGGGAGUCCCGGCCAGAAAGCAAUGGGCCAGCACAGCCCAAGCCCCAGCUGGGACGUGUCCACCACAUUGGCCUGUGAGGGCAGCAGGCAGGGGUUAUGGCCCCCACUUCCUGGAUCUCACAGUUGAGGCUCUGCAAGCUGAAAACACUUGCCCCAGGUCUUAGAGCAAGUAACGUCAGGGUCAGGACCCUAACUCAAGUCUUCCAAGACCUGGCCUCUCCCUCCCAGAGGGCCCGAUGCCAAGAGGCUCUGCUCCUCCCCAGGAGCCCUGCAGCCACACUGCCAUCAGUUUAUGAAGACACAACAGCAUCCUGGCUCUGCCCUGGCUGUGUCUCGGCCCAGGCCAGCCCUCACUUGGCUGCUAACACGUAGCCUCAGACAAACAGCUCUCCUGGAGGACCGGCCAAGCCCAAGACCAGGGCCACUACCUUCCACGUGCCACAGUCUGUCCCAUUUCCCAUCCCACCCACUAUUUCUCACAAAGUUCAUCCAACGCGGAGACAGAGCUGUCUUCACUAGACUGUGGGGACCCUUGAAACAUCCGGGUGAGCCUCCCCAGGACAGGUGGGCCCACUGGGAGCAGGGAGGUAGGCUUGCUUGGGAUGCUUCAGUCAAGCUGCCCGUGUGGCCCUGGGGUCAGUGCUCCCCAAAAUCCCGUGGGAUGCAGCAGAGUUAGAUCUUCUAUUCCUUCCUGUGUUUGUAAAUUCAGUGAUAACUAAAUAAAGGUAUUUUGUUUCUCAA